GGGAGGAGGGGCUGCCGCCCAUGAGGGCUGAAGCCGGGUGCGCGGCCGGCUGCGGGCGCCGCUGCGGCCAUGGCCUGGCCCUGCAUCAGCCGCGUGUGCUGCCUGGCCCGCUUCUGGAGCCAGCUGGACAAGUCCGACCUCUCCGUGCCGCUCACCAUCCACAACUACUCGGACAUCGAGGAGCAGGAGGACGGACCCCACCACCAGCGCGGCGGAGCCCCUCCGCGGGGCAGCGCUCGCCCGCCCGCCCCGGCCCCCCGCCCACGGGACCCCGCCGCCGCCGCCGCCACCGGGAAGCCGGGUGGCCGCAGGAAGAGCCGUGCGGCGGCCGCCGGAGAGCCCUUUGCAGCGGAGACCCAGUACCGGCGGGACUUCCGAGCGUGGCCGUUGCCGCGGCGGGGGGACGCCUUCCCCUGGGUCAGCGCCAGCAGCAGCGGGAGGGACGGGGCCGCCCCCCAGCCCGCCCCGGGCCGCGCCGCCUGCGCCCUGCCCGGCAGCGGCGGCCCUGAGCAGCUCCGGCCGCGCCCGCAGGCGGACAGCGGACACACCACCUCCUACAGGCAAGAAUAUCGCCCAUGGACUGGAGCAAAACCAUCCAAGCCUAUAAAGACAAAGCAAGGCUUCGUUAUCCCAGAAGACCAUUUUGUUAAAGAGACAAGCUACAAGGCAGACUUUAAGAUCCCAGAGGUGAAGACCAGGUUCUCCCCCAAUCCUUCUGCUGUUUUCCAGGCGCCGUCACGGAUCCUCAACGUGUGAACCUAGACCCUCCUCACACCCAGGCAGCUUAAACACGGAGUUAGAUGUAUCACUAUGCAAUUUUCAUGAGGAGUGUUAAGAUCAAAGAGCCGGUGUUCCCAACAGCAGCCCCAGUGAUUAAUGACAUGCACACAAACUUUCCGUUAACACAACAAACCGCAAAGCCCUUGGUUCAGAGCUGGCAAAACAUGCUGUGAGGAGUGACCUAGUUUUACAUGGGAGCAGGUUCAUUACUCUGCCAGCUGGCCUCACAUUAGGAGAUUGACUUCGGGCAGCAAAGGCAGCAAGUACAGCACGCAACGUCCCCGUGUUAAAUACAUAGGGUAGGAGGGAAAACAAUCACAAACGGGAUAGAUAAUUAAAACCAAAAAGAGUUUUAUUUAGCAGCAUCCUCUAAAUAGGCCAGUGAAAGACAGGGAGCAUCUGGCUGCCUUCUGAGCCUCUUGAGGGGUUUUGGAAACAGGACCUCAAAUGACAGCAUCGAAGGGGCUGGUCUGAACUUCCAGGGUUGUUUUAGAAGCUGGAGGAAGCCAGCAUCAUUCAACUCCAAAAUGCAUCUGGCACAUGCAGUGUCUUGGGGCUUUAAGGCUGGAAAGAUGGAUGUUUCCAGAACUGGUGGGCUGACACAGGAGCAAGAGGGGACUGAACUUCGGGAGACAACCCUCAGAGCAAUGCAGCAGCCUGGUUUGGAGAGGAUUGCAUGGACAGAGACAGCCAGGCACCUGCCAGGCUCCAGAGGAGCUAUGUAUGUAAUUUGUAUAACUGUUAGGAGGAGUGUAAAUACUGUAUAUGGAUUUUACCUAAAACAAUUUGUGAUCCUUUAAUGAAAAGGACAUGCUUAUACUUUUAAUAAAUGUUAACUCUUUGCAUAUGCAAGGUGGGAAAUAUUGCCUUGAAAUUCCUAAAUUAUUGCCUGUGUAUUGGUAAUGCUAAUGCUAGGAACUACCAGAAGCGAAUGUUACUUAGAAAUUCUUCUUAACAUAACAUAGAAUGUCAGACAUCCUUCAUUUUUAUGAUAGGCCAUUUUAAGCAUCAUUGUUCUGAAGCUGAUUUUAUUUAGAUUGGUCUGCAUUUAACUUUUGCUGAGGUACAUGUGUUUUAAGAAACCAUUUUUUUGGCCUUUGAUCAUCAGGACUGUAGUGGGUUUACAGUUUCUGUCUCAAUGAGUUAUGCAACAGAAAUAGUCUACUGCUUAUUUCAUGGUUUUCCUAAUUAUUUUGGGGGAAAAUAAUUGAAAAACUUAUACUUCAUCUGUUUGCAACACACAAGUGCGUUGACUAGAAUGAAAGGAAACUAUCCUCAGACUUGAGGCUCAGAUAUUCAUUCAUCUGUUAUGAAUAUUAAUGAAAUCAUAACCAUAGAAUCAUGGACUGGUUUGAGUUGGAAAGGACCUUAAAGCUCAUCCAGUUCCAAGCCCCUGCCAUGGGCAGGGACACCUUCCACUAGAGCAGGUUGCUCCAAGCCCCUGUGUCCAACCUGGCCUUAGGAUGGAACUUCCCACACUCAUCCCCGGACCCAGAGGAACCCACGGUAAUACCAGUGCUGGCCAAAAUAAUUUUUCAGGAGAUUCAUUUUUUCAGGAAAUUCAUUGGAAACAUUCAAACUGUACAAAGGUUUUGCAUGUUAGAUGUUUCUAAGAAUUCAAUCUGCUUGUUUAAUCUCUUUAUAACAUUUCUUACAGUUUUGUUCAAACAGUUUAAGUUUGUUUCAAUUCUGGACUUUAAUAACAGCAAAAAGAAAAUAGGAUAAAUUGUCUAUUCAGUCUCAUUUCUUAAUUCAUUGUAUUUCUUAAAAGAAAUCAAUGCAGUUGUAAACAAACUGAUAAUACAAUAAGCUUGUAUUUUAUCAAAUGGACUGGAUUUAAUUUAAUAAAUUAAAAUGUAUUUUGGGUAUUGGUUCUUUCCCCAAACAUUUUUUUUGUUGCAAAACAUAACCCUUGGGUAUCGAACCUUGCAGAUCCCUGCAUUUCCCUCUCACCCAGCAGCACGUGCAGGACAGCAGGGCACACAAGACAUCCAGCAAGGUUUUGGGAGAUGCCUGAUUGCAUUCACAGCCAUCAGCAGUCAGUUCCUUACUCCUCAAGCUUACCUGCAGGCACAGGCCCCCCAGCAAGAAAAGGCU